UAUUUGGCUCCUUUCUACCAUCAGUAAUGAACCCAAAUACUUGUAGUUCCAGUAAAUGCCAUGACUCUUGCCGUAUUUCCUCCACCCUUUCCUCCCACACCCUUCAAACUUCAACACAGACCUGACCUCCUCUAGGAAGGUUCCUCGGAGAAUGUGAUGCCCACUGCCCCCAAGUUAAAUGCCCUUAGUUGUGCUCCCAUAGCACCUCUGUAAUAGUUCUUACCAUGCUGUACUGUAAUUAUUGGUUUAGAUGUCUAGCUCCUCUAGAUGGUGACGUUCUAAUGGGCGGCAACGGUGUCUAAUUCCUCCGCUUUUUCUCAGCACGUGGUCCUGUACCUGGCACAGAGUAGGAGCUCAGAAGACAUUGGAUGAAUAAAUGACUGAGUAAACAAAGUGUUACUGUAGUAGCCUUUAGAGAAAGAACAUAUGGGCAUCUGAGGCACCAAAACAGCCGGCCGGUCUAGGGAGCCUAGAACCCUGUGCUCUGGAGACCAUUCAGCCCAGGUCCCGGCCGUCAUUUCCCCGCCGGCCUCUGGAGGCGCUGUUCGGCUGGCGCCGGCUCUCCUCCGCCAAAAUAGGUCUUGCAGGAUGGAAGCUACGGGGCGGGGCCAGACGGAGCCCGGAAGGACCCGGAGGAAGAUCCGAGUGUUUGCGGCCGUGCUGCCCCACCCCUGGUCCCGGCGCGCGUAGAGGGGCCCGGCCGGGCUGCUGCUAGGGCCCCAGGAGGUUGAAAGCUAAGCAUGGGGAAGAGCUGCAAGGUGGUCGUGUGUGGCCAGGCUUCUGUGGGCAAAACUUCAAUUCUGGAGCAGCUUCUGUACGGAAACCACGUAGUGGGUUCUGAGAUGAUUGAGACGCAGGAGGACAUCUACGUGGGCUCCAUUGAGACUGACCGGGGGGUGCGGGAGCAGGUGCGUUUCUACGACACCCGGGGGCUCCGAGAUGGGGCUGAGUUGCCCCGGCACUGCUUCUCCUGCACUGACGGCUACGUCCUAGUCUACAGCACGGACAGCCGAGAGUCCUUUCAGCGCGUGGAGCUGCUCAAGAAGGAGAUUGACAAAUCCAAAGACAAGAAGGAGGUCACCAUCGUGGUCCUCGGCAACAAGUGUGACCUGCAGGAGCAGCGGCGUGUAGACCCGGAUGUGGCUCAGCACUGGGCCAAGUCAGAGAAGGUGAAGCUUUGGGAGGUGUCGGUGGCUGACCGCCGUUCACUGCUGGAGCCCUUCGUCUACCUGGCCAGCAGGAUGACCCAGCCCCAGAGCAAGUCUGCCUUCCCCCUCAGCCGCAAGAACAAGGGCAGCGGCUCCUUGGAUGGCUGAAGAGCUGCCUUGCCAGCUCUGGAAGAUGGGUUGAGGGGAAAGGGAGGGGGGGUUUUAGGCAAGCUGUCCUUCCCAGUCAAGGGGGGAGCUCCCCACUAGGCCAGGCAGCUGGGCUGUCCCAGGCUCAGGUCACUUUUGCUCCCUCCCAACUCUGGGAAAUGCAAAUAGUCUAGGUUAGCGGUCCCCAAGCCCCCCAGCCCCCAUCCUGCUGUAUCCUAACAGCAAUGGAAAGCCAUUGAUAGGAUUUAUGCCAGUGAAGUGACAUGAUCAGUUUUUGCUUUUAAGCAGGUCUAGAGUGGUUUUGGAUCACUGUCCCUUCUGCCGGCCCUGGACAGGAAGCAGAGCUGUGUGUGGAAGUGCCCAGUCUAGGGUCUGAUUCCUAUCGCAGGGGUCUUACACCUCUGGGUUUCCUGCCAAUCUCACACACACACACUCACACGCUUACGGCACCAGCCUGGAUUCUAGAGAAAGGGCAUCCAGGUGUCUUGUUUGUGUGUGUGUGUGUGUAGAUGUGCACACGUGUGUGUGCUGGUGUUCGGGGCGCCUCCUCAUCCAACACCCUGACCUCUCUCCUGUCUUCUCCUGGGCUGAGAGAAGCUAGCCUGCUGGGAGCAUAAUCUUCUGUUUCAACUCUUCCCCCAGCUGCCUGCUUCCCCUUCCUGCUCAGGGAGCAUUUUCUUGGUUGAGGUGGAAUGGAAUGCCGACUGGGCUGGGAGUCACCAGCUGGCUUUGUGGCCCUGCGAGGCCUUUCGCCUCUAGGGGCUUCAGUUUUCUCAGCUGUAAGGUGACGGCAGUUGCUUAGAUGAUCUAGAUCCUCUCCAGCCCUGUGGGUAUACUGCCCAUGGUUGGGCUGGCUGCACUGUUCCCUUAGCUUCUCCCGUUUCAAGGUGCUAUGCCUGUGGCCCUGGAGGCUGGGACACUGCUCCCCACCCCCCAACCACCAGGGGGCAGGAGUGCACUACCCACUCUAGUUGCCAGAGUGGCUGCCCAGUGCCCGAUCCGCGGACCUCACAGCCCUGGGGACUGGUCGUCACCCUUUCCUGUGGUUGUUUUCAGCUGAUAGCUGGACUUCUAUUUAUAGAUUACCUGUGUUUAUAUGCCUGCCGCCAUGGUGGAGGCUGGGCAAGGUGCUCGUCUAGCCCUCCCCUCUUACCUCAGAUGCCUGAACAGAGUAAAGCCGGCCAACAGCAGCUUCUCAGGAGCUGCCAGAUCUCUGGGGGCUCAGAAGGGUGGUUACGCUUCCAACACGCUGUAAAGUGAGCUGGUGACCCACAACUUCCCGUGCCCACUUCGUGCUUCUGAUGUACACACCUAGCAUAGGUGAAGACACUACAGCCAGGUGACCUUCAGUACACGCCCCUUCUCCCCAAGAUGGGAGAGGUGAGCAGGGUCAGGUGGCCCAGGCUGGGCGAGUUAGGGCGUGUACAGGCUUGGGCUUAAAUUGAUUUAUUGAUGCGUUGGACACAAUAAAACCACAACUGUUAUCAAAAA